AUGACGGGUAAAGUACAGUAUCAGAACGGAAGACCAUUUUCAACCACGAACCCAUUCAGAAACGUCACAGCUAUGGAAUUGGAUGGCAGUACAGAGGAUGAGCAAUUCAAGCAGUGGGCACAGAAUAUGCAUCGAGAUUUAGCUAGGGAUCCAAGUUUUAGACAGGAAUCGCCAGUUAGUAGGAGAUCAUUCCGUAGUUCCACUCCACCGACUCCAAAACACGUCUCUACAAACCCAUUUCUAGAUGAUGCAGAUUUAGAAAGAGUGCCUAAUACAACGAAUAAUGUGUCUCCCCAACGUCCCAAACAAUACUCUACAGCAAGAGAGGAAAAAGAUAGGUUGAGAGAAAAAUAUUAUGAAAAUGAUGACGGACAUAAUGACACCAAUGUAAAUCAGGAUCAACCACCAUCAUACGAUGAGAUAGUGCCCAAAAAUAAAGAUAAAUCUAAAUACCCGGGAGAGAAGGGUUCGUCUCGUCACAGCUCUCGUCGCCAUCACAAUUCACCAUCACAACAUCGUCACGAGCAUCGUUCAAGUAGAUAUCACAGCUCUUCAACGUCAUCCUCUAACAGAAAAGAUAAAGAAAAGAAGAAAACAAAACCGCCAAAAAAUGUCGAUACAAUUGAUAAAUUGGAUGUCACCGGUCUCUUUGGUGGAUCAUUCCACCACGACGGUCCGUUUGACGCUUGCACGCCACACAGAAACAAAAAUAUAAAAGCUGCACCAGUAUUGGCCUUCCCUGUAAAUGGCCCAAAUAGUACAAUUGGAGGUGCACCAACUGUAAAAAAAUUCGCAAUAAGUGAAGUGUUCGGUGUACACAGUGUCGAUGAUGAAGAUGAUGCCAUAUACGAAAAUAAAAAUAAGAAGAAAAAUGUAUUGAGAAAAAAUGUUGGUGAAGUUAAACAAGUUGAUGUUAAGAAUAAAGAAGUUGUUCACGGCCCAGAAACUGGUGGGUUAGGUUCAAGCACAUUUUUAGAUGGAACUCCUGCUGUUGGUCAUACCUUACAACGAGGUAAAACAGUCUCCUAUAAGCCUAGACCGCACACCAAUAGCCUUGGUAGUGCUGGUAUUCAAAGGAAUAUGACUAUAAACUCCGGUCCUUCUACUAGACAAAGAUAUGAUAGUGCAGGUAGUUCUAAUAGAUCGAGAAUGAACAGAGAACCAAGUUCAGGGCUUGACUAUGACGAUGAGGAAGAAGAUAUAUAUCUUGGUGUUCGUAUCGAUCCAAAUGCCAAGAAAGAGUCCACUGGUAAUAAAUUUUUAAGACGAGUUAAAAGUUUGAAAGUGGGAAGAAAAUGA